AGUCGCGGCACGCUGCGUUCCCAGGAGGCUGUGCGAGGCCCACGUUUCCUGCGGCAUCUGGUGAACGGGCGCGUGAGCGGCUUCCUGCGGGUUAGCCAUGGCGCUUCACGUUCCCAAAGCCCCGGGCUUUGCCCAAAUGCUCAAGGAUGGAGCGAAGCAUUUUUCAGGAUUGGAAGAGGCUGUGUACAGGAACAUACAGGCUUGCAAGGAGCUUGCCCAAACAACUCGAACAGCAUAUGGACCAAAUGGAAUGAACAAAAUGGUCAUCAACCACCUGGAGAAGUUGUUUGUGACUAAUGAUGCGGCGACCAUUUUAAGAGAGCUUCAGGUUCAGCAUCCUGCCGCAAAAAUGAUCGUGAUGGCCUCGCACAUGCAGGAGCAAGAGGUCGGCGACGGCACCAACUUUGUUCUGGUGUUUGCUGGAGCUCUUCUGGAAUUAGCUGAAGAGCUUCUGAGAAUUGGCCUGUCAGUCUCAGAGGUCAUAGAAGGUUAUGAGAUAGCCUGCAGAAAAGCCCAUGAGAUUCUUCCUGAUUUGGUAUGCUGUUCAGCAAAAAGUCUCCGAGAUGUUGAUGAGGUGUCGUCUCUACUCCGCACCUCUGUAAUGAGUAAACAAUACGGUAAUGAAGUGUUUCUGGCCAACCUUAUUGCCCAGGCAUGUGUAUCUAUUUUCCCCGAUUCUGGCCAUUUCAAUGUUGACAACAUCAGAGUUUGUAAAAUCCUGGGCUCUGGAAUCUAUUCCUCUUCAGUAUUGCAUGGCAUGGUUUUCAAGAAGGAAACCGAAGGUGAUGUAACAUCUGUCAAAGAUGCAAAAAUCGCAGUGUAUUCUUGUCCCUUUGAUGGCAUGAUAACAGAAACUAAGGGAACGGUAUUAAUAAAGACUGCUGAAGAGUUGAUGAAUUUUAGUAAAGGAGAAGAAAAUCUCAUGGAUUCACAAGUGAAAGCUAUUGCCGACGCUGGUGCGAAUGUCAUAGUAACAGGUGGCAAAGUGGCAGACAUGGCUCUUCAUUAUGCAAACAAGUACAAUAUCAUGCUGGUGAGGCUAAAUUCCAAGUGGGAUCUCAGAAGACUGUGCAAAACAGUUGGUGCAACAGCUCUUCCUAGAUUGACUCCUCCUGUCCUUGAAGAAAUGGGGCACUGUGAUAAUGUUUACCUCUCAGAAGUUGGAGACACACAGGUGGUGGUUUUUAAGCAUGAAAAAGAAGACGGUGCCAUCUCUACCAUUGUGCUUCGAGGCUCUACAGACAAUCUCAUGGAUGAUAUAGAAAGGGCUAUAGAUGAUGGUGUCAAUACUUUCAAAGUUCUCACCAGGGAUAGACGCCUUGUGCCUGGAGGUGGAGCAACAGAAAUUGAAUUAGCCAAACAGAUUACAUCAUAUGGAGAGACAUGCCCUGGACUGGAGCAGUAUGCAAUUAAGAAGUUUGCUGAAGCAUUCGAAGCUAUUCCUCGGGCACUGGCAGAAAAUUCAGGAGUUAAGGCCAAUGAAAUAAUCUCUAAACUAUAUGCAGUACAUCAAGAAGGAAAUAAAAACGUCGGAUUAGAUAUUGAGCCUGAAGUCCCUGCUGUAAAGGACAUGUUAGAAGCUGGUAUUCUAGAUACUUAUCUUGGAAAAUAUUGGGCUAUCAAACUGGCUACUAAUGCUGCCGUCACUGUGCUUAGAGUGGAUCAGAUCAUUAUGGCAAAACCAGCCGGUGGGCCCAAACCUCCAAGUGGGAAGAAAGAUUGGGAUGAUGACCAAAAUGAUUGAAUGGCUUAAUUUUUACUAUAGGUAAAGGCUGCUGUUUGUAGUAGUGAUCAAAGAAUCGCCUGAUGUUUUCACAUUCUCCUUAAGUUAAGAAGUGUUGUGUUUGUAUCCUUGGCUGGAUAGAAUAAACUUGUCACUGUCAAAUUGA